AUGACAGACACUUCUAUUCCCCAGCAGUCGUACGCUGCUCCUAUCACAACGUCGGACGAUGCGGGCCAAUACGUCCAAACCACGCCAGUGUGGGUGGUUGUGGUGCGCGGCCUCCAAGUCCUCAUUAGCUUCAUAAUCGUGAUAAUGGCCGGUGUUUUGAUCCACGGGUAUGCCAUGGGCGCAAAUGGUUUUGCAGUCGCAUGCAGCAUAUUCACCUGGAUCGUCGUCAGCUAUGUCCUCAUCACAGAAAAAGUGUCGUCCGCCCGGAAAGGAUACAACAUCUGGGCCGUACUCUCCCUUGACCUGCUUAUGGCACUUUUCUGGCUUGCCUCUCUAGGCGCCAACGCCCAACUCCGCGCCCGAUUUAACACCCCCGUUCAAAUCGAAUCCUGCUUCAACGACGGCAGUGCUGUCAGCAGCAAUCACUGCAUUAUCUCCGGGCGCUCCGAGCUGGCCAAGCGCGCCGCCGUCGCUGGCGAGACUGGCCUUGCGCUUAUGAGUGCCGUGGCUGGGGUGAGCGCUGUACUAUGGCUCCUCUUCCUCGCAACCCUCAUCUUCCACGGCCACACAUACCGGCUCUGGCGCCAGGAACACAAGUCGUCCCCUGCCGACAACGCCACUGUCGAGAUGAAGGCCCAGGGCACGCCAAUGCUUGUACCACAAUCACAACCAGCGCCCGGUGCUCCGCAGUACACCGAUCAGCAACAAUACCAAUCCCACGUUUAUCCCCCGUCGCAAUACCCGCAUGAUCCUAGCGCCUAUGCGCAACAGGGCUCGUACUCUGGAUUGAACGAGCAGCAGCAGCAGCAGCAACCACAAGGUCAACCGUACGGCGUGUAUCCUGAUCCGAACCAAUACCACAAUCAGUAA